ACAGCGAGUGGUGGGCGGACUGAGAGGCUUUUUUGUUUUUUUUGUUUUUUUUGUUUUUUUCAGGAUGGACCGAAAAGGAGAAUAGAAAUGUUGAAGGCGUGCUGCUGUAGCGCGUAGUGCCUGCACGGCCCUGUGGCAGGAGGACGGUCGCCAUCUCUGGGUAAACACUGUAAACCGUAUCACGCAGUUGAUAUUGUUGUGCGUGGAUUGAAGCCGGAGCGCGUACAGUAGCAGGAGCGGGAGCAGGAGCAGGAGCAGAAGGCGGGGGCUAUGCUGCCUGCAACAACCACAGCGGACACACACGGCUUCAGUGCAGGACUGACGCUUUGUUUGCCUCCUGCACAUCGGACUGUCACUUCGCAUCUCGGACGCAGCCGCGGCCGCUUCUCCUCCUCCUCCUCCUCCACCUCCUCCUCUUCCUCUUCCUCCUCCUCCUCAUACUUACUGACAUUUUAUCUUAUUUCCGAGCUCCGGGGAAUGGGACUGCAUGCUUCGAAUAAAAUGGGAGUUUGAUGGUGCAAACAGCGGACGCUCUAGCCUGUGCGCAGCCAGGGGACUGUAGUGCGCUUGGUAAUGUUUGCCAAGGAAUAAAACGGUGUAGCCGAGGGUGCAUAACAUCUCGUUUCCAUGGACAACACGUCCAUAAUAACACAGGUUGCAAAUCCGAAAGAGGAGGAGAGCAUUUCAAGUCAAGAUAAAGUCUCCCAGUCCAACAGCAGCCUAAAGAAGCACCGGAGUCGGAGCAUUUUCAGCCCCUUCUUCUGCUGCUUCCGCAACUACAAUGACUACCAUGUGGAGCCGCCACCCGCCAACAACAAGACCCUUUCUCUGCCCCCACCACCAGAGGAGAAUGGCAGUCCUCCUAAGUGUGACCAGGUCCAGGUCAUCCCCAUACCCAGUCCUCCAGCCAAGUUCCUUCUGCCGGAGGUCAGUAUCGCAGACUACAGCAAAAACUGUGUGGUGAUCGACCUGGACGAAACCCUCGUUCACAGCUCCUUCAAGCCCAUCAGCAAUGCAGACUUCAUCGUUCCAGUGGAGAUUGAUGGCACUGUUCACCAGGUGUACGUCCUGAAGAGGCCCCAUGUGGACGAGUUCCUCCAGAAGAUGGGGGAGAUGUUCGAAUGUGUCCUCUUCACAGCAAGCUUAGCCAAGUACGCCGACCCUGUGGCGGACCUGCUGGACCAGUGGGGGGUGUUUCGCGCCCGGCUCUUCAGGGAAUCCUGUGUUUUCCACAGAGGAAACUACGUCAAAGACCUCAGCCGGCUGGGCCGAGAGCUCAGUAAAGUCAUCAUCAUAGACAACUCACCUGCCUCCUACAUCUUCCACCCUGAGAAUGCAGUCCCGGUGCAGUCCUGGUUCGACGACAUGACCGACACGGAGCUGCUGGACCUGAUUCCUCUGUUUGAGGGUCUGAGUAAAGAGGAGGACGUUUACAGUCUGUUACAGAGCCUGAGGAACAGGUAGCAGACGGCAGCUCCAGCUGGUUCCUUCCUGCCCCGGCUCUGCUGAACAGAGGCCUCAGCUCGUUGCCCGUGGCCCCGGCCCGCGUCCUCCGACCAGCUCCCUAAUUCCCAGCACAGCUCCCAGUCGGAGGGUUUUCAGGCAAACGGUCUGGUCGUAAUUAAAUCUAGAGAAAACUACAUCUACAUGGAUUCUUACCAUGUCUUGACUUCUUCUUGGACUCUUUGUACAGAAACUGAAUAAAGAUUAUAUUACUGUAUGUACAUAUUAAAUGUUUCUAAGAGCAAGACAUACAUAAAGUAAUUUUCUAUCAGAGAGCGGAGGUUUUAUUAUCAAUCAAGUAAUAUUUUAGUUACCAAAAAAAAAAAAAAAACACACAGGACAAUGUUGUUGUUUUUUCCCUGGAAUGGGUGACCUUUUGGUUGUUUGUGUUGGAACAGUGCUAUGCAGGCUGUUGUUUCUCGUCUGACUUUUUGUUCAAACAACUGUGAUUUAUCUUCUCUUUACAGAAUGAAGUGCCUUCAUUACUGUGCUGAUUUUGUUGUGUCGGGUUAUGGGGUGCACAUUUUUACGGUGCACAUCUCAGCAAAAGCGAAUCAACUAAACUGAAAUUGGAAACAAAGUCCUUCGGUAAUUGUCAUGCAGUCGGAGAAAACCGAACAGAACCAUUGCUAUAAAUUUAGCCUGUUAGACUUGGAUGACUUUUGAUUUUGAGUUUACUAGCACUGAAUUGUUAACAAAGAUUAUUAUUAUUAUUAUUUUUAUUUUUUUUACAAUUCAAUGUGAUUUGUGACUAAACGAUAUCAUUUGAUCCUUGACAGUGACUGUAAAUCAAUAAGGAAUCCCCCACUUUAUUAAUGAAAAGAAUUAAAUGUUUGUAAUGACGUCACUGUCCACCAAUAAAUGUUAAACUUUUGAGGAAAAUAUAAAGAUUAGCUUAGAUUAUAUGAAAUUCUAUUUAUUGGGGAAAUGGGUGUAGGGUGCAUUGUGAAGAAUGCUGUUGAAAUCGUACUGUACAACAUUAUUAAAGUUGCAAGUUUGCACACUGUCA